AUGGCCAGCGCUGUCUGCGGCGUCACCGCGGGCCCGCACCUGCCUUCCGCCGUCCCUGCAGCCGCAAGAAAGCUCUUCUUCCGCUGCAGGGCGGCCUCCACCAUGAACGAGGCAUCUGCGAGCUCGCCAGACGCCGAGGAGAAGAAGACGACGACCGUCUUCGUGGCUGGCUCGACGGGGCGCACCGGCAAGCGCGUUGUGGAGAAGCUGCUGGCCAUCGUCGCCGGCACGACGGACGUGAACAGGGCCCGUGGCAGCCUGCCCCAGGACCCCAACCUUCAGCUCAGGGGCCUUGUUAGGUCUGCCUCUCGUUCUGGGCCACACAGGCCCGAUACUCCUACUUCGCCUCUUCUUGGCCGAUCAUACGCGGAUUGGGCCGCCUUCUUCUUGCCACCCGGUCCAGCAUACCAGGUAGACAACUUUGACACAGUGAACCUGGUUGAAGCAUGCCGAAAGGCAGGCGUAACAAGAUUUGUACUCAUCAGCUCCAUUUUAGUAAAUGGGGCUGCUAUGGGCCAACUUCUGAAUCCAGCCUACAUUCUGCUCAAUCUACUUGGCUUAACACUGGUUGCAAAGCUACAGGCAGAAAAUCACAUCAGGAAAUCAGGAAUAAAUUACACUAUUGUAUGGCCUGGAGGGCUGACAGAUCAACCCCCAACAGGGAAUAUAGUCAUGGAACCUGAGGACACUCUUUACUCGGGAUCCAUAUCUCGGAGCCAGGUUGCUGAAGUAGCUGUAGAAGCAUUGUUGUGUCCAGAGUCUUCCUACAAAGUUGUUGAGAUUAUCGCCCGAGCUGAUGCUCCAAAUCGCCCUCUGAAGGAUACGUACGCUGCAAUUAAGCAAAAUUGA